CGUUGUUGCGUAUAUAUGUUUAUUUUGGAAUGAUAAAAAUUUAUUCAAAUCGUUUCUCUCUCUAUGCUCUCUUUGAUGAUUCAUGCAGUGCAUAUAGCGGACGGUUGAUUGGUUUGUAGGGUGAGGGUGAGCCCUCAUCGGCAGUAUUCGCACGUACAUCUAAACCGCUACAAAAGAUGUCGCAAGGAUACGGUGCACGGAACUUGCUAAAUAACACGAUGCUAACGAUUUUCCAGUAAAGGUUUUCUAGAGACCCCCUAGAAAACCUUGAAAUGCCCUUCAUCGAAUUUGCCAUGUUUUUUUACGUAUCUGACGAGAGUUUCACUCAAUUUGAGCGAAAACUAAAGGCGCUAGAGAAAAAUCACUUGGCCGUUUUCUGCCCAAAAUGGCUAUUUUUUAGAAAAUUUAACUUUUUUCUCUAUUAAAAGCAUAAAUCAAAAAUGUCUCUCUGUAACUUUGUUCUAAAUUUCACGGGAAAUCUUUUGAUGUAACAAUUUUGCGCUUAGCUCUCAUCCCUGAGCACUUGAUGCUUUUGCGAGAUCGAUGGGUCGAAGAUGGAGGGCUCACGGUUAAACCGUCUCACACAGUCUCAGUUCUAGACGAAAAGGUUUAAAAGACAGUUUUCUAAAUUCAGUUUUUGACGUAGAAUUUGAAUAUGUCAUUGAAAAAAUUUUUAAACACGAUCUUAAAAGAUGAGACCAUUUUUUCUGAAACGGAGCGGAUUUUCGGGUUUUGACCCGCCGUCAGUAUUUUGCCAUUUUCUCCCCCAAAACUUGAUCACAUUGAGCUAAAAAGGUGAUAUUUGGAAUCAGCACACUCUAUUCUAUCAGAAUAUGUGUGUUUAACUUGAAACUGAGAACCCGCGAAAAGUUUGAAUUAUGUGCGCCUUACACAAACUGACUUCGUUAAAAUUAAAUAGCUAUUGAUCCAGGUUUAGAAAAACUAACUAGUCCAUAUUGAUACGUAUCAACGUAUGAAUAUAUCAGCCAUGCAUCAGUUUCUUACGUUAUCUUAAUGACUUAUAUUAAUAUUAGUUAGUGCACUGUUGAUAGAAAAAAAUGAAUAGAAUGCUAGAAAAUAAACGGGAGGAAACGAGAAGAUACCAUUCAAAACUGAAGAAAUUUAGAAUACUGUGAUAUCUCUGCUUUGCUAUACAUCUUUUUUUCACAGUAGCGUGAUCAUUCUAAUGACUUUAAUGUCUUAUUGAUGGGAAAAAAUAGAAUAUUCCUGACAUAAAAAAGAUCUUUCUAGCUAUCUAUUAAUAGUUUGGUUUUGUACACAUGAAAAUGCGUGUUAAAGUCAAAANACGGUAUACGUUUUCUGACGUUUAUUGAACACGAGAAAAUUUUUUAUAACUUUAGAAGAAAAAGUACUUAACUUUCCCAAAAAAAUAAAAUACAGACAACUUCCUCCACGGUCAUCCUGACAGAUAUUGGUGAGAAAAGAUUGCUGGAUACCGCAGGAUAGACAUGGAGAACAAAAUCCUUUUUUUUUCAACCAACAAAAUUCUGCCAGAUCUCGUAGGAAAACACUUGUGGAUUGAAUGAGUCAAAAAGUCUUGCGAUGUUUCUUUACAUCCUAGUGAGCUCUUUCAUCUUCUUCGUAAAGACCUAUAUAAACCCAUUGAUUGAAAUAGUAAAGUCAUUAUAUAUUGCACCACAUACGACUAUUAUAAGAAGACGUAUGGAUUCGAAGAAACGCUCUGGUUUCAGUCAAUCGAAGCAUUGGUCCUGAUAUCUCAAGCACUUCAACGAUGAGUCCAACGACGAAGAAGAUGAUGUUGACCACGGUUCUGAAGAUGUCGAAAUACCUUCUACUCUUCAGGAUAGUUCUGAUGAAUCAGAUGAUGGCGUGGUUGAAAAGGAUUCAGGUGAUGAAUCUGAUGCAAGCACUGUCGAAAGUGGAAGUAUCAGUGAUGAUGAACCGCCUAGACGCCGAGCAAAACGUCAACCACAGGUUGAACAAUCACCAGUUCAAAUAUUUACAGCGAAAUCUGGCAUCAUUGGACAUCAAGGGAACCUCCCAAACGAAAAAUACCAUCAGCUAAUAUCUUACGGCAGCGAAAUGGUAUUAGACGAUCAGCUGCAGAUCUUUUGGUGUUGUGAUUCAGAUACAGCAUAUACGUUGAAUGCUGAAGUUUACCUGGGUCGCCAGCCUCGAGCAGCAGCUGCAGCUAAUGAUACGAAUCGAAUUCGUAAUCUAGUGAAACGCGCAAAGUUGGCAGAAGAUCUUUUAGGUGUUCAAACAACUCUUGUGGGAACUAUUCGACGAAAUAAGAAGGAAAUUCCACGAAAGCUGCAACCAAAUACUCAUUGUCCUGCACAAUCAUCGAUAUUUUGUUUUGAUCGACAGCUAACACUAGUUAGCUAUGUACCUAAAAAAUCACAUGCUGUGAUUUUGCUGUCGUCUCUUCAUCAUGAUCAGACAAUUGUUGAUGAGGAGAAGAAAAAGCCAGAAAUUAUUUUAUACUACAAUAGCACAAAAGGUGGUGUCGAUCAUAUGGAUCAGAUGGUUCAUAAUCAAUCAAAAAACGAUGGCCAAUGA